AUGUCUGUAGAGCAAAAUCAAUUUUUAUAUACAGCAUUAGGUUCAGAUAAUGAUAAAGAUAUUUUAAAAGUUAAUAUAUUUUUUACUGUGGAACAUUUGGAUCUUAUAGAGUCGCUUGAGAUAGGAAAUAUUAUUAGAAUACAAAGAUUAAAUGUUACAGGUGUACCUCGUAGUGGUGAUCUAUCAGACGAAAGAAAGAAUAUUUUAUCAAAGGUCGAUUUUGAACAUAAGAACACAAGUUUUGUAGUAUUUUCAUCCGACAUGAACAGUGACUAUUCACCUUUGAUAUCAACUUCAGAAACCUAUUCAUUUAAUGCAAAAGAUAGAGAAAUAAUAGAAAGGAUGAGAAAAGAUUGGAAUAAUACUUUAAGAGAAACAUGGGAAUCUUAUUUUAAAGAAAAAAAAAUACCAAUUCAGUCAUGCACCAGCAUCGAAAAUUUAAAAGCAAAUCAAUUCGUUUGUGUGUUAACUAAAGUUAUAGAUAAAACCAUAUCGAUAGCAUCAUCAAAGAAAGCGACACUAAUAUUAUGGGAUGGUACUGGUGAUGAUAUGUCAUUUGCUGCUGGUAGUUCCGAGAACGAACAACCAUUAAUAGGAAAUACUAUUCAAUGUCACACAUGGAACGAGGAAAUCAUUAGACAGUGCGAAGAAGAUAUAAAUGUUGGUAUGUGGGUAUAUAUAUGCGGUGCAAAAACAAACAUUUAUCAAGAAAUAUUGGAACUUAAAUUGUUUAAAACUUCUGCAGUUAGAGUCAUGGAAGAAGAUUCACCUCAAGUUAAACUUGUUUUAAAGAACUACAGAGAAAAGAUAAGAGCAUUUGCUGGAAAUACAUUGAACGAUGGUAUCAAAGGUUCUGACGAAGAAGAUGAAAAUGAAGAUAAUAUCCUUGAAACCCCUCUAAAAAAAACCAGAAGAAAUAGUACUGAAGAAGACGAAAAUGAGGAUAAUAUCGACGAAACAGUAUAUGAAAAUGUCAUAGUUACAGACACACCAUACCCCCACAUACCUAUCACAACUAUAGAAGAUGUCAAAGCCGCCUCAAAUCAGGUACCAAAUAAAUUUAAAAUCCAUGUUUCACUAGUUCAACAUAUUCCACUUAAUAUUUUAGAUUUCACUAGAAUACUUUGUAUAAAUGAUGGAUGUGGUAAAACUUCGCAAUAUAGAGACGAAAAUGUUAAUCCCGACCUUAUAACAUGUCUUCAUUGCGGCUCUGGUUCUCAUGUAUUUAUUUAUCUAUUUAAACUAAUUGUUAAAGACCAAACAGGGGAAUUACCAAUAAUAUUUUAUUAUGAAGCCACCAAGUUUUUAAAUUUACAUCCAACCAAUUUAUAUAUAGAUAAAAAAUCAUUAGGACAUAUCGAGGAUAAAAUGAACUUUUUAAAGAAACCGAGGGUAUCAUUCGAUUUAUGUAUUCAAUCUUAUUACGAAGAAGGUAAAGAAGAAACUUUAGAAAAUAUUAAAUAUCAAGCAUUCGACACAAAAUUAUUAAUUUCUGAAAAAACCAAUAAAAAAAAAUAA